AAAAUACCAUAUAAGGGUACCUUUUAUAACUGUAUAUGCCUAUUGGAUCGAUAGGCUACACAAUUAUUUGACCACAAAUAAUUAUUCACCAAUGCAAUCAUGUUGCAAGACUCAUAUUUGAAAUAUAUUUGAAAUGUUACAAGACUCCCUUCUACUUGAGUCCUGAUGUAGCUAACAUCAUUAACACAAAUGUAACCUGCCCUGGGCAUUAGAGAGAAAUAUAGUAAUUCCAACGUGCAUGUUUAUGACGCGUACACCACACACACCUUCCUUUGUCUAACGGUUGAAGCAGCCUACUGUCCUCCACCGUCCUCAUGGCUGAAGAGAUCAGGAGAAUAGCUGCUCUGCUAGAUCAGCCUCUGAGUGAGAGAGACCACGAACUCAUCACUUACGUCAAGCACAAGUUUGCCACAGACUUCAAAAAAGACCACAGUUACUUCCCUGAGAAGGUUGUUACCCGCAGUGACACACAGUAUGGCCUCAUACAAAAUGGCCAGGCCAGGAAGAACUACUACAGGAGACAGGAGCUGCUCAGUAAAGGCUUUUUCUCCCCUGUCAACAAACCAUACAAAACAGUGGGAAGACUUUACUCUGACAACGUUGAUCUCUUCUCAACCUGGCUCACAUCAGAGGACCAAAAGUCACUGAAGACACAGUGGGACAAGAAGUUUGGAAAAAAUACAGUGAUCUCCAGCAAAUUCACUCAGGAGAAGACUAAAAAGGAGGAGAACAUCAGAGCCCCUCCAGUGGAGAACCUGAAUGGUUUCCUCCAGCUGAAGCAGUACAUGAGAGAGAUGGUCUCCAUCAGACGUGCUCUCCACACUGGGCGCCCCCUCAUAUAUUGCCUCAGAGACCAGGAUAAACCGUUAUUGCUAAUGAAGAAACCUGUGCCUCCCAAAACACCAUGUGACCGAGCCAUAUCAGCUGAUAAAGAGACUGUACCACCACUGUCCAUGUCCAUGAACCAACAGGCACUGGACCCAGAGGAAGAGGAGAACCUACAGAGGAUACAGUACAGGAAGCAGAAGCUGUUCUCAGAGAAACUGCAGUGGAUUUACAUGGUCCUGUGUGGCAUCUCUCACAUGCGAAACAGAGAUCUGAAGACACUGGUUCCUCUCAACAGCAGCUAUGUGAACAUCAUCAUGAAGGACACAGAGAAGACCAACAUCCUGCUGAAGCAGUCGCACAGCUACAACCCUCCGUUGAAUUACACCAGGCAGCUGGUGUCCCUGGCCCCAGAGGACUGUCACAGCAUCAGCCGUGACGUGUGGGACACCUUCAUCAGUCACCAGGACACCACAGAGCCCUCGAAGUUAACCACCACCCGAACCACAGGAUAUAAAGCUCUGCAGUCGGGGCCCAGGCGCAAGGUGCCAGACGGAGAUGGAUACAUGCCCCCAUGGCUGCUACUGCUGCUGGAUGAGAACACGUCCCUAGAGAAGAAAACAGUAAAGCCUGGUGUAGACCAGUCAGGCAUGCUGGAGAGAGCCAAGGAGCAUUACCGGGAUGUGAAGAAGGUUCUGAACAUUCCAAUGGAGUCAGUAGUGUUUGAAAAGAGAAAGAACCGAGAGGAGAGGAUGAGAACUCUUUUCAAUGCUCUAAUGGCCUCAAAGUCCGACGCUGGUCUGUCCUCACUCCUUACCUCUCUGAAGAGUGGGCUGAAGGAGCCCAAAUCCACCACUGGUCUCUGGUUUGCGACACUGCAGAGUGAUGCCACAGAAUUGUCUGGAGACAGAGACUCCCAAUACAACGUCAUACUGCAGAAGAUCUCAGAGUUUCAAAGCUUCUCCAACAAAAAGCUCCCCUACUCCAAGGAGAAGUUCUGUCUCCUGGUCCUCUCCAUGUCACCCAAUCAGCUGCUUCGACCGGCCAUGCAGGAAGCACUGCUCUUCCUCACGGAGAACGUGCUGCUGUUGUUGCCGCGGCAACUCAAACAGUGGUACCAGUACCUGAAGCUCCCCUUCCCCACCACGGCAACCGCCUCCUGAAAAAGAAAAGGGAGCCGCCUACUUGCACUGGUGCUCUCUUUGUUCUUCACUCCCUGUCUACAAUGUGGGCCUGGGACUUACAGGCCUGGGUUGAGUCUGAAAUGGCUCCUUCUCCUCAACAUAGACCCGUAAUAUUGGGGAAUAUAGUCAUUUCAGCCCUGGGUUCUUGGUGGGAUAGCCAGUGUUGGGGGCUCAGGUCAAGACGAUCUGUUAACUGGUUGAUACAUUAAAACGUGUUCAAAAAGA